CUCUGAACCACGGAUUUUCAAUGUCGUUAUUCGUGCGCCAUCAUAGACUCAUAACGUUUUACUGGUUUGCCUAUAUCGUAUUUGCGAUCACACGUCUAUUGUCAAUAAUAUUUUUAUCGUUGAAAAUCAUUUUUACUCGUGAGUUCUAUUAAUUGUUAUAGUGAACUCGGGCAGUUCAUCGUUUUAUCGGUACUUAUUCUUAAGCAGUGUAUUGAGUGAUCAUUUCGAGUGUUCGUUAACAUACGCGUGGAAAGCACUCUACUGUACGUUUGGAGCGGACGUCGUCGGACAACGAGAAAAUGUACGAACUACCUAGCCUGGUGAAAAUGGCGUACAAUGCGUGCAACGACAUCGAACGUAACAGGUUUGACUUGCUGAACUCACCCGACAUUGACAUGCGAAAUUGUUGCCAGUCGCUGUUAGAAUUAUUCAAAGUCGACAAAGACCAAGACGAGCGCAACGAUAGGCAGACAAUGUUUAGGCGGUCUCGGUUCGCCGUCAAUGACGAUAUGUUUAAACACAUAUGCGAGAAGGCAGCGUUCAACGGACACAUCGAUUGUCUGAAACUAGCACACGAGAUUGGCGUCCCUUGGGACACCGUGCCUGGAUUGGCCGAUUUCAGAGGUAAAGCGUGUGAUCUGGCGGCGAAAGCCGGCAAUCUGGAAUGUCUAAGGUACGCCUUUGAGAACGGGUGCCCUUGGGACGAGGAUACAUGCAGCUGCGCCGCGUUGAACGGUCACCUGGAAUGUCUAAGGUAUGCCUUUGAGAACGGGUGCCCUUGGGACGAGGAUACAUGCAGGUCCGCCGCGUUGAACGGUCACCUGCAGUGCCUAGCUUACGCACGGCAAAACGGGUGCCCUUGGGACCAGUAUACGUGCAGCAUCGCCGCGUUGAACGGUCACCUGGAGUGCCUGAAAUACGCUCGGGAAAACGGGUGCCAUUGGAGCAGGAAGACAUGCAGUAACGCCGCGUUGAACGGUCACCUGCAGUGCCUAGCCUACGCCUUUGAGAACGGGUGUCCCUUUGACGAGGAGACGUGCAGCAACGCCGCGUUGAACGGUCACCUUGAGUGCCUGGCUUACGCACGGGAAAACGGGUGCAAUUGGGGCAAGGAGACGUGCACGAAAGCCGCGUUGAACGGUCACCUGCAGUGUCUAGCUUACGCCUUUGAGAACGGGUGCCCUUGGGACGAGGAGACGUGCGGCAGCGCCGCGUGGAAUGGCCACCUGGAAUGUCUAAGGUAUGCCUUUGAGAACGGGUGCCCUUGGGACGAGGAUACAUGCUGGAUUGCCGCGUUAAACGGUCACCUUGAGUGCCUCACUUACGCACGGGAAAACGGGUGCCCUUGGGACCAGCAUACGUGCAGCUACGCCGCGUUGAAUGGUCACCUGCAGUGCCUAGCUUACGCCUUUGAGAACGGGUGUCCGUUUGACGAGAAUACGUGUACAGACGCCGCGUUGAAUGGUCACCUGGAGUGCCUGAAAUACGCUCGGGAAAACGAGUGCCAUUGGAACAAGAAGACAUGCCACUCCGCCGCGUUGAACGGUCACCUGCAGUGCCUAGCUUACGCCUUUGAGAACGGGUGCCCUUGGGACGAGGAUACAUGCAGCUCCGCCGCGUUUAACGGUCACCUGGAGUGCCUGAAAUACGCACGGGAUAAUGGGUGCCCCUGGGACGAGAAUACUUGCAGCUCCGCCGCGUUUAACGGUCACCUGGAGUGCCUGAAAUACGCACGGGAUAAUGGGUGCCCCUGGGACGAGAAUACUUGCAGGGUGGCCACGAAUAACGGUCACCUGGAGUGCCUGGCUUACGCACAGGAAAACGAGUGCCCCCUCUGA